CGGCGGCGGGAGGCGGUCGCUCGCGCCGGGCUGGGGGGCCGAAGCGAGCGAGGGGCCAUGCGGACGGCGAGGGAGCCCGGAGCCCGCAGCCCGGCGCUCCUCCCUCGCGCGGCGGCGACCCGGCGGCCGCUGGAGUAACCACUGCCUUUGUUCCGACGCCGGUCCCUGCCGUCGCCCCGGCCUGCCCGCCCGCGGUGCCCGAACCCCCAUCCGGCUCGCGCCGCGCGGAUGCGGCUGCCGGGCCUGGGGCUGGGCUCUGCGCGGGAGGAGGGGAGGAGGAGCGGCGGCGCCCGGGCGGCAUGCGAUGGGGAACUGCUGCUGGACGCAGUGCUGCGGGCUGCUCCGCCAGGAAGCGGGGCGGCUGCAGCGUGUGGGAGGCGGCGGAUCCAAGUAUUUUAGAACAUGCUCAAGAGGUGAGCACUUAACUAUAGAGUUUGAGAAUCUAGUAGAAAGUGAUGAGGCGGAAAGCCCAGGAAGCAGUCAUAGACCUCUUACUGAGGAAGAAAUUGUUGACCUGAGAGAGAGACAUUAUGAUUCUAUUGCUGAAAAACAGAAAGAUCUUGAUAUGAAAAUUCAAAAGGAGUUAGCCUUACAAGAGGAGAAGUUAAGACUAGAAGAAGAAGCUUUAUACGCUGCACAGCGUGAAGCAGCCAGGGCAGCAAAGCAGCGAAAGCUCUUGGAGCAAGAAAGGCAGAGAGUUGUGCACCGAUACCAGCCUUCCAACAGUGGAGACUGUCAAAGUUCAGGACCAGAAGAUGACUUUGAAUCUUGUUUGAGAAAUAUAAAGUCACAGUAUGAAGUUUUUCGAAGUAGUAGACUCUCAUCAGAUGCCACAGUUUUGACACCAAAUACAGAAAGCAGUUGUGAUUUAAUGACCAAAACUAAAUCAACUAGUGGAAAUGAUGACAGCACAUCCUUAGAUCUAGAGUGGGAAGAUGAAGAAGGAAUGAAUCGAAUGCUUCCAGUGAGAGAACGUUCCAAAACAGAGGAAGACAUUCUCCGGGCAGCACUGAAGUACAGCAACAGGAAGACGGGCAGUAAUCCUACCUCAGCCUCUGAUGAUUCCAAUGGGCUGGAGUGGGAGAAUGAUUUUGUUAGUGCCGAAAUGGAUGAUAAUGGCAAUUCUGAGUAUUCCGGAUUUGUAAAUCCUGUAUUAGAACUGUCUGAUUCUUGCAUGAAGCAAUCUGAUGCAGAUCAACAGAAACGAUAGGGUAAAUUGUGUGACCCUGUCUAUCAGUUAUGACCAAAUGUUAAAAACCAACUAGAAUGUAUAAAUGGUUAUGCUGAGCCUUUUUGUAAGAGGGAGGUAUGAAACCAUGUUGUAAAUGCUUAUUAGAAAGGAGUAGGAAUGGUAGGCUAUAUCUGAAUUGCUUCAGAAUUAAGUGCAAUUUCAUCACCUGCCUUCUGCUUUUCAAAAACAAUUUAAUGGUUCUGUCGUAUUAUCAAUUAAAUUUAUUUUAACUUUUCUUUA